AUGCACCGUGGCGACUCCUUGAUCUCCGAGUAUCAGGCAGUGGAGAAGAACAUGAUUGCAAAGGACCCUGUGCUGGACCUAGCGCAUACACUCCAGGAGCGUGGCGAUCUUCAGCUCCCCGAGCUGCUGGUGCCGGAGGAUACCUGUCUGGAGUUGAUGCGAAGCCCUGGUCGUUUGUGCCCGUGGGUCCAUCGUUCUCACACAGAUCAGAUCGAAGUCAAGAUGUGGGAGGUCUUGAAAUGGGUUCGGGUGGUUGCUUGCCGACCUCCGAACGACUUCGAAAACGAGGACCCGAUUCAUGGUCCGUCUGCCCGCCGAUUGCAUGAGAUCUGUCUUGUCAUGCUUGAGAAGGAAAAAACGUACCAGGAUGCCAAAGGCAAGUACGACAAGUACGAAAACAUAAUCAUGGCUCUCGGAGACAGACGGCGCCACCAAGAGAAGGCCAAGGAACUCGGUGAUGCUACGUUGAAACUUCGACUCGGUCAAAUCGACCGCUGGGAAGUGCAGAAGCUACAAGAGAAGGAGAUUGACCAUGUCGCUGCAGCAAACCAGCUGCAGAAUGAGAUCAGGACUUUCAGUGAACACUUGUUGCUCCUCUUGAAUGCUGUCGAGAACGAGUACCAGGCAACUAAUGAAUGUAGCCAGAAUGAACUCAAUGAGUUGGCGGACAUCGACGAGGCAGCUCUUUGCGAGGCUAUGGAAAAGUCCAAGCCGGAUGGAGCCGUGCCUGUCGCCCCAGAUCUGGCCCCGAAGACGGAGCCUCCAGAGACCCCGGCCCAGAGAGUGAAUGCGCAUGUGGACGAUGCGGAGGCUAAGAGGCUAGCCCACAAUGCCCGUGUGCGCUUUGAUCGAACAUUGAAGAGUAGCUCUGACUGCCCGAAGAUCGUCCUGGAAAAGUACCGCGAAAUCCAGGACCAACCCCGAUCCAGCAGACUCAAAGUACUUGCUGGAUGGUUUGAAGAGUGGAUGCGUGCCGACCAAGACUGGACGCAGACAUCCCUCGUGCUGGAGGCACAGCGGAUUUCGACAGAGCAGAACAAAGCCAAGGAAUGCAUGAAGCCGUUUAAGCACCUACGCGAGCAAUAUGGCAAGAAAGCAGCAGAGUCCAUGCGGCAGCGGAAAUACGAAGCCGAGAAAUGCCGCGACCCACGAAAAGACUGGGAGCUGUUCCGGGUCUUCGACUCGUUGGAGUUCGAGCUGCAGGACACCAACCGAACAGAGGUGGGUUUCAAGUCGGAGGUUUCGAUCUCCGGUGAAGUCGGAGCACAGCUUAUGACCCAGAAAACCAAAGAGGGCAUCCAUGAGCAGCUGGAUCAACACGGUGCUAAGUUCAGCGAAAUCAAGACCGGCUUGGAAGGCUUGUACAGCAGCUACAACGCAACGAAAGAUGCGGACAUGGGGGAGUCCGUCCUAGAGACCAUUCAGGCCGAACUUGAUCGUGCAGAUGCCGCCAUCACCAAUUUCACUGGUGCCAUGAAGCCCCUGAAGCUCACCCUCGAAGCUUGCCAGCAGCCAUAA